AUGGCACGCGGCAGGGGCAAGGAAAGGCGAAAGCGAAAGCAAGAGCAACAUCAAAAUCAAAUGGAAAGGGAGAAGCAGAAGAAAAGAGGGCUUGCUGGAUUACUAUCGUAUCUUAGGAGUAGCAGUGCUACUUCCGAUCGUUUAACGCUGGAGGUAUGGCAGAGGGUACAGGAUUUACUGGAUGAGGCCAUGACUCCGAUACGGGAGGAAUACGCAAGAAAAUGGAAAGAACUCGCAAGAGACCAGACACAGAACAAGAUGACGUGGGAGGAAUUCGAAACGGAACAGGACGAAGCCGCAAGAAAACGGAUACGGAAUAAGAUCAAGUCCAAAAUCCUCGCAAAUGAAUUCGCCGACCUCAAUUUAACACUCAAAGUCCAUUCCCUCCAAGUCAAGAUUCUAGGGUCCAUAGAGGUACAAUCCGCAACAUAUUCCCCCAAUGUGUUUCUCAAGCUAAUUCCAUCCCAGCCCUCCUUGCCCGCGUUGGAGGUGUGCACGACUGUGUAUUGCGAGGACCUGGCUACCACGGAAAGGCUGAGCGCGGUCUGGAUAGGUGAUGGAUUUCAGAGGUGGUAUGGUGGGGUUUGGGGGUUGUUGAAAGAGGUGGAGUUGGUGAGGGAGGUGGAAAUGUCGUUUGAUGGUGUCUUCCUCGAGGUAUGGAUGGUUUGA